UACACCCUCAGGUCAGUCAACGACCUCUAUGUCCAAAGGCAGUUUUCCCUCCUGAAUGAGUUCAAGGACAAUAUGAAGAAGUACUAUUUCGCCGAGGCCCAGGUGGCUGACUUCUCUGACCCAACCUUCGUCAGUCGCGCUAAUGAGCGAAUCGUAAAGCUCACCAAGGGCUUAAUUAAAGACGCGCUCGUUAACAUACACCCGGACACGCUCGUGAUGAUCCUCAACUGCUUGUACUUCAAAGGAACCUGGGAAAACAAGUUCCCAGUGGAGGCGACCUACAAGCAGAGUUUCCGGCUGAACGAGAAGGAGACGGUGAAGGUCCCUAUGAUGAAAGUCAAAGCCAACUUCUUGGCCACCGAAGACAAUGAGCUCGACUGCAGGGUGCUGCAACUGCCCUACGUGGGGAAUAUCAGCAUGCUGAUUGUGCUGCCCUAUAAGCUGUCCGGCCUGAAGACCCUGGAAAACCAACUUAGCCCCCAGGUGGUGGAGAGAUGGCAGAAGGACAUGACCAACAGGUACCCUGUGGCCCCCCGGAGAUCCGGCGCGGCCUAAGUAUCUCACGCUCUC